ACUCUCGGGAAAGUGUGCGAAAAAGAAGCGCGAGACAGAAGUAGUGGAGGCGGGCACAGAGCUCGCACCGUUCCGUGCUGUUUUAUCAUUAUUAGGCAAUUUAACGACGACUAAAUUUUUUAAAAUAAACAAAUUCAUCCGCGUGAUUGACAGAUGAUUGAGACUUAGCGCGCGACACCGCGUCCUGAAAUCGAGUUUAACCGGAAAAUCGGAGGUUAAAAAAACCCGGGGGCUGCUUGGGGAUGUCGUCUUGGUGGGCGCGCGGUGAGGACGCAGAGUGUCAGGACACUGACUCGGACGCAGCCGACCCGAAGGACUGCGGGAAAGUCAAAGUGAAGUGGACGCAGGAAGAGGAUGAUAACCUGCGAAAGCUUGUUCAAAGAAUAGGAACUGGUGACUGGAAAUACAUCGCGAGUUUUCUACCAAACCGCUCGGAACAUCAGUGUCAGCACCGCUGGUACAAAGUUUUGGAUCCAGACCUCGUCAAAGGGCCUUGGACUAAAGAAGAAGACGAAAAGGUGAUCCAGCUGGUAAAUAAAUACGGAAAUAAACAGUGGGCCGUGGUGGCCAAACACCUGAAGGGGCGAUUGGGGAAGCAGUGCCGCGAGCGCUGGCACAACCACCUGAACCCGGACGUGAAGAAGUCCUCCUGGACCGCGGACGAGGAUCUCAUCAUCUACAAAGCCCACUGCAUGCUGGGAAACCGCUGGGCCGAGAUCGCCAAGCUGCUGCCUGGAAGGACUGAUAAUGCUGUGAAGAACCACUGGAACUCCACCAUUAAGCGUAAGGUGGAGCUGGGGUAUUACACGGGCGUGGACACGACUCUGCACUUUAUUCACCAGCCUGAGGAAGGAGACGUCAGUGCUCAGCAGGACGCCGAUCCAAUGGAGGAUUUAUGCUACAGUGGAGAGCUGGAGGCUGCCGCUGUACCAGUGGUCACGCAGGAGUCUGUCGAUUCCGUACCUCCGAAAUCCGCUCCCGCCAACACGGCGUCCCCUAAACCCCCUCGAGCUCCAGCGACGCCCCCCAGCGACACCGAGAGCACGACCAACUCGAACUCCAGCGUCCCUGCCUGGGUGAACGAUGGCUCGGGCUUCCUGUCACCUUCGGCCACGCCCGCGCUGAAGGAGGUGAUGGACAUGAUGGACGGGGAUCUGGAGGGUUGGUGUAACCUGGCUGACUUUGAGCUCCCGGAGGAGCGUCAGAGCCCUGACGUGCUGCAGUUCCGGCUAGAGGGCAGCGCUCUGCACGAGCUCAGUAAGGGGAGUAAAGGCGAGCUCAUCCCCAUCUCACCCGGAGGAGCCACACCACCGUCCAUCCUGAGAAACCGCACACGCCGCCGCAUCGCCCUCUCCCCCGACGCCAACGACUCCAUGACCCCCAAGAGCACGCCGGUGAAGAUCCUGCCCUUCUCCCCAUCUCAGUUUCUGAACAUGUGGACCAAACAGGAUACGCUUGAUCUGGAGAACCCGUCUCUCACGUCCACUCCCGUGUGCAGCCAGAAAGCCAUUGUCACUACGCCGCUGCACCGAGACAAAACGCCGCUCACUCAGAAGGAGAACUCCGUCUUCAUCACGCCGAACCACAAGGCUGAUCUGGACAGGACGCCUCGCACCCCGACCCCCUUUAAAAACGCCCUGGAGAAAUACGGGCCCAUACGCCCACUGCCUCCAACACCCAACCUGGAGGACCUGAAGGAGGUUCUUCGCUCUGAAGCCGGGAUCGAGCUCAUCGUAAAGGAUGAGAGUCCGUCUGAACAGAAGCCCAAAGUGGUGCACCGGCCUCCCAUGAAGAAAGUGCGAAAGUCUCUGGCGCUGGACGUUAUAGACUGUAAGGAGCUGCGCCCUGCCAGACGCCAGCACUCCAAGCCUCCUGCCAAACCCAGCAGAAAGGCGGACCGUUCGCUCUCAUCCUCUUUCAACUCAUCGUAUACCGUUAAGAAGGAGGAGAACGUCCUCGACCAGGGAUUCAUUCUCGGGCCCAGCGAAAGCGGACCUAUGGCGAAACAAGCGCAGCCGAACCCCAACCCCGUACCGCCUGCUCCUAUGUCUCCGGCGUGGGAAGCGGUGGUUUGUGGCCGCACUACGGAUCAGCUGAUCAUGACGGAGAAGGCCAGGCGUUAUCUUCGCUCUCUGAAGUCGAAUGCACACAGCCGGGCCCUCAUCCUGUCCUGAGCCUGCACUUCUCCACAGUCUCCGAUUAUUGCAUUCUAAAAUGUUAUUAAAACAUAUGGCAUUUUCUCGUGUUGUGAAUUAAGAUGUAAAAAAAAUAUUUUGUUAAUAAUGUAAUUGUGAAAAAAAAAAGAUUUUGGGGUAAUGAAAACUGCAUCUUAGCAGUCAUGAUGAAUCUCUAAAGGUGCUUUUUAGUCUCUUGUCUCAGGUUAUCUCAAGAGUUUAACAUAUAUAUGGCCUUUAGUUUCAAUUUGUGUAUAUUUCAGGUUUUUUUCUUUUCUGAAACACUUAUCAGAAUAUCAGGAAUGUCAGAGGAAAGCAUCUGUGCUUUUAACUGGCACUGUUACUUUCUGUGGAAAUCGGUUCAUUACAGUUCAGGACUUAUUUCUCAUUUAUGUUUUUCCACCAUGGCUAUAUAGAAAUGGGUUUUAUCUGCCACAAUCAGUGCAUAGUAAAGAGCAUCCUGAAAACAGAUAGAUAGUUUUUUUUUCUUAAUACAUGACAUGUCCAGAUUUUGAAAUAACAUUUUCAUAUGUAACUUGCCUCAUGUCCACCUGUGGGUUAAUUCAUGAUCUGCUUCAAUUCUGUACAUGCUGUAACUGGAAAUAAAUUAAAUAAUAUUGCCCUGUUAUGUAAAAUAACCUAAAUAAAUAAAAAGCAUUGAGCUGAA